AUGUUUAAAUUUUUAUUUUGUAUUUUAUUUGUUUUAAUUUUUAUUGAAAUUAAUUUAAUAAACGGGGAAAAGGAGUGUAACUGUUCUGCUACUGAUAAAUGGGAGGUACUUGUAAAAGGGGGUCGCUUUAAAAGGGGCGCAAAAAUAAGUGCAAAUUGUAGCUGUAUAGGAAAGGGUGAAGAAAGUAGUGAAGAAGAGGAAGGAAAUGAAGGAAGAAGUGAGGGAAGAGGUGAAGGAAGAAGAGAGGGAAGAAUUGAGGGAAGAGGUGAGGGAAGAAGUGAAGGAAGAAGUGAGGGAAGAAGUGAGGGAAGAAGUGAAGGAAGAAGUGAGGGAAGAAGUGAAGGAAGAAGACAAAUACCAAUCGGAAUGGAAGGAGGAGGAAGAAGAGAGGAACAAAUGAAGAGGAUGGAAGAAAUAUUUGAAGAAAUAGGAGGAGGAGUACAAAGACGAUCAAGAAGUUUAGAAAGAGGAGAAGGAAUAGAACGAUUGAGAGAAAGAGGAGGAAGUCUAGGAAGAGAUGGAAGAAUAAUCGGAAAGGCAAGAGGAAGAGAAGUUGAAGAUUUCGAAGGAAGUGGCUAUGAAGAGAGUUCUAGUCGGCGUAAAGGGAAACAAAAAGUAGGGGAAAGUUCAACGAAAAAUGGAAAAACUAAAAGUGUUUUGUACAUUUGCGAUAAUUAUUACUACUCGCACGUACAAUUUAAUGUAAAUACAAUUUAA